UAAUGUUUUUUUUUGUUAAGUUUAUGUUAUAUUUUAAUUGUACUAGUUGUAUUAUUUUUUAUUUAUUUUUUCCAUGGGCAGAAUAUAUAUACACACACUUUGGCAUGCCUAAAGAAGUAAGAAAAGUGAAAGACUGGAACUAUUUUUUUGGCGCGCAGCGGCGGCUAAGCCGAGGACAGGUGGUGAGAAGUCACUCUUGCCUCGGGCGGUCGUGAAGCAAGAGCUCGCGUAAUAAAAAUGUCAUGCAAUUCCGGGUGUACCGUGCGUUUAACCGGGUAUUAACGUAAGGAUGGUGCUUACUGAAAAGUGUUGCUGUAAAACUUUUAAAGUUUUUUUUGUUGCAAAAUGCGCCACGCGGCAAUUGCAAGUGAUGUACAAAUUCUCACUAAAUUUGUCAGCGGGCUGCAGUUCGUAAAUUGUAGCACAACGUUCUCUUUACACAGCAAGCCCUGGUGUUUCUGUUGCUACGAGGGACGUCUGUGUAGCAGCCAGGCAAAUGGUUGCUUGAAAGCUGCAGUAGUCAAAUUGCGGGUCGCAAUUCUACACCCUCACGCAUCACCGGCGCGCCGGCCAGCGACUUGCCAUAUAAUGAGGUAUGGAUUCCCUGGGCUGGAUAACGUGAGGUCUUUUGACGACUACGUUCUGUCGUACGAUCGCAGAACGAGAGUUCCACACUGGGUGUUUGAACACUUGACGAAAGACAAACUGAAAUAUAAUGAUGCUGUGGAUCGUUCCAAGUGUCAAUUUUAUGAAGAUGAAUCACAACAUAUUUUUUUCAGGGCCCUCAACACGGACUACAAGGGUAGUGGCUUUGACCGCGGCCACAUGGCGGCUGCCGGGAACCACAGACUCCACCAGAAGCACGUGGAGCAGACCUUUGUUCUCUCCAACAUGGCGCCUCAGGUGGGGCGGGGUUUCAACAGAGACGCGUGGAACAGGCUGGAGAAGUAUGUCCGCAAGUUGACCAAGAAGUACGUAAAUGUCUACGUUUGCACUGGACCGUUGUACUUGCCAAGGAAGGAAAGUGACGGGAAGACGUACGUCAAGUACCAGGUGAUAGGCGCCAACACGGUGGCGGUGCCCACGCACUUCUUCAAGGUCGUGGUCGGAGAGGCGGAGGACAGGUCCUUGGAGAUGGAGGCGUACGUGAUGCCCAACCAAGUGAUUGACGACAACACGCCUCUCAGCGUGUUUCAGGUUCCUCCUGAAAGCAUAGAGAGAGCAGCGGGUCUCCUGUUCUUCGACAGAGUCUCCCGAGACAAGCUCUCUGCAGUUAACGGGAAAAAGAAAUGAUAGGACGUGCAAUGUUUUAAGUGUAAAAAGUAUUUCUUUUUUUGGAAGAGAUUUAUAUAUAGUGUUACUGUUAUUUAUUAUCAAUUUUACGGAAAGUAGUUUUAUAUUUAAUGACCAGUGAUUUUUUUAUGAAAAUAUAACUUAUUAAUUUAA